AUGCAGAACAUGCUAUUUAUUCUACUAACUUCCUUACUUCGCGCCCCGGAAUGCAUUGCAUGGAAUGAGGACCAGAAGGUUUUGUGUUCGGGCCAAGAUUUCCGAGUGCCCGUCUAUUCCAGGUCGAGAAUAGUGACCUUCAUUCCCAGCUCCCCACCCGGGCCAAAGAGAGUACUGCUGGAGAACAAUAUUGUGAAGGACCCACGGUAUGAAUGGCUGCGGGACCAGACUCUGCUGGUGAAGGAUGUGACACACCGAGAUCAGGGACUCUACUCCAUCAAAUUCUCUCAUGGGUUUACCAUUGAGACUGUCGAGCUGAUUGUGUCAGAGUGUGUCAGGAAGUUCCACAAAAACUACGGAGAGGCAUUCCGGCUGGACAUGCCCCCAGACGGGGUAGUGCUGGAGCUGAGCCCCUUAAGUCCCCUUUCAUUUUCCAACACACCUCCUUCUCCACACCCCUCACCUUCAUCUCCCUCUCUUCCCCUCUCUCUUCCUUCCUCUCCUCCUUCUCCCUCUCUUCCUCUCUCUCGAGCUGCCUCCCCUUCUCUACCUCCCUCAACUACUCUACCUCCCUCACCUUCUCCUUCUCCCUCUCUUCCCCUCUCUCUAUCUCCCUCUCCUGCCUCAACUACUCUACCUCCCUCACCUUCUCCUUCUCCCUCUCUUGCCCUCUCUCUAUCUCCCUCUCCUGCCUCAACUGCUCUGCCUCCUUCACCUUCUCCAUCCCCCUCUCUUCCUCUCUCUCCAUCUCCCUCCCUGCCUCCUUCCCCACCUCCCAAUUCUGCUCCAGCCUCAUCCUCUGUCCCUUCUCUCCCUCUUUCCUUAUCUCCCUCUCUGCCCCCCUCCCUACCCCCCAGUUCAUCUCAACCCUCAUCCCCUCUCUCAUCCUCUUCUCCUCCCUCCCCAUCCCCCUCUACUACUCCUCCGAACACUUCUUUUCCAUCUGCCACUGAACGUCCUCUUGUGCGUGCUGCCCGUUCCCUGGCUCUGCCGUUGGUCCUGUGGGCCCCCGGCCUGCCCCCCCAGAGCCCCUGGGGCAGGGGGAGGAUGGAGGGCAGAUCCUGGGUGCUGGACAGGGUGACCCCCAUGGACCAGGGCAACUACACCGUCAAGGACAGCGACGGCAAGGUGGUGUUGAGGGCCAGCCUCGUAGUAACAGCCCACUGGGCCAACCGCACUGUCUUCUUCAAGGAGUCCCUCUACAUUCGUCUGCACGUGCCCCUGGAUCAGGCCAAGCUUCACGUCACACCGGCCCCCACCUCCAUCGCCUUCUCUGCCUCCUCCCGCUCCCCGUCCGUCCUCCUGCGGGAGGGAGAGAUCCUGGAGGAGGGCAUGUGGCGCGGCCGCCUGUCGCUGGACUGGAACAUUACGGGCCAGUACUUUGUGGUAGUGUCCCUCGGGGAAAGGGACAGCGGGACGUACGAGGUGCGCGACACGGAGGGGAACCUGGUGUCCACGGACAUCGUGAGGGUUGUCCAUAAGCACAUGAGGUGGAGGGCGGUGAUCAAGUCCAUCUCGGUGCCGUCGGGCAUGUUUGCGUCGCUGGCGGGCCUCAUCCUGUUCCUGAAGAGGUACCCCAGCUGCAAGUCCAGCAUGCGCAGCGGCCUCCGUGAACAGCGCCGCCAUGCCAACAGCGGCACCGGCACCGGCACCGGCGCCCCGCCCAGGAUUUAUGUUGAGGAGUACGGUGAGCCCAGUCUGACACAGUACACCAGCUCUCCCUACAAGGUCAGGACGUCCCAACAAUGGAGCCCAGCCCCCUCCCACAGCGUCGCCGCCUCUCCUGCUCCCCAGAGAGUGCAGACCCACACAGCCUCCCCCCUGCUGACCAGAAGCAGAGAGCCAUCCAUAAGUGGACCCAGUCAAAGCCUACUCAUCCAGGCACCUGAGAGCAGGAAGACGUCCUUCUCCCUGGCUGGAGCCAAGGACUGCCUCCACUCCUCUGACCACUGUGCCCAGUUUGACAUCGGCAGCGCGGGCAGAACAGGCGGCGGGAGGAUGGACUACUUCACCACGCUGCCCCUGGACAUAGACACAUCCACCAUCUGCAGCGUCUACACCUCCGACAAGCUGAACAUGCGCUAAUGCAUUCAGCCGUGAUGAACACUUGGCCAGAUGUACAGUAGACGGGGGAAAGAUAGAAAAAGAGAGAAAGAAAGAAAGAAAGAAAGAAAGAAAGAGUGAAAGAAAGAAAGGUAGGAAAAGUUACUCAAUGGAAACAGAGUAAGUGAGUGGUAAGACUUACCACAGUGCCUUCAUUUUCUAAAACAGGGAUAAAUACUCGUAACUGGGUAAACUACACUGGAGAUUUAACAGGAGGUACAGUAUGGAGACAGGUCGGCUCUUACAGUAUUACUGCUCAUUAGUUUCUUGAGAAUGCUGUUAAAUUGCUGUGAAAGGAAAAUUAUUUGCUUGAGUAGAAAACUACUAGAUUUGAGCUGGCCAGAAUGGGCAUGGAUUUAGGGUACAGUAUGAGUUUUGUUUUUGUUUUUUUGUGGGACCAUUAAAACACCUGGAUCUCACAGACACUGGAUCUCAUAGAGACUGGAUCUCAUAGACACUGGAUCUCAUAGGUACUGGAUCUCAUAGAUACUCAUAGACUGUUCCAAGAACGCCAUUCAAGUUGGUUGGCUACAGUAUUUGCUUUUGAUCUCGGUCAUUGCAGUCAUCCAUUGGUUGUCUAGUCAUGUCAGUCAACUCUAUCACAGCAGGGAAAGGGUGAAGCACUUCAUUGUGGGGAUUACUUUGUGUCCCCUUUGUGUCCCCAAAGAAUUCGCGUAGUGGACUUAAUUUGGCAUUUUAUUGUGCUGCCAUUUGAUACAUUUGUGUCUCGUAUUCCUACAGUUGUUUACAUUCAUUGUUAUUCAUUUAAUGCUGCCAGUUGUGUUCAAUGUAAGGACUGUGAUUUGAGUUGUGCUUGCGUUUGCAAGUCUUGAUGCAUUUUGGACUAUCCUACAGAUCGUCGGCUUUACCUCUCUCAAGUCUUGAAUUCCUGGAUGGAUGUACACAUUCCUUGCUGCUUGGACACUCCUUGGUCUUCCACCUCCUCCCCCUCAUUGCGUGCGUGACAUUUCCCUAAGGUCAACCAUUUUGCCCGUUAUUACCACUGACCUUGAAUCAGAUUUUGUGACUUGCAAAUGUCCUCACCUGUAUACUGUCCAUGCUAUCAGGGUCAUCUUGUGCUAGUUUGCCACACAGGGCUUGAACCCGUGACCUCACGCAUGGGUGCACAGGUGCAAAAUCACUUAACAACAGGUCUACGCUGAUAGCCCAGUCUUAAUUGUAUCUAUAUGAAGCUUUGGGAAGGAAGUUAACUCUCAUUCUACUGCCGAACUCUGCUAGUUGGGCUCUGUAACGGUUACACUAACCCUCCUAAACCUCACUUCCAACCCGAAGAAUGAUUUGGAUUACUUUUGCAUUUAGAGUGGCCUAAUGCUCCACUUUCAGGCCUUAAAAAUCCAUUAACCUAUUUUCAAGAGCAAUAUGUAUUUUUCCACAACAUUCUUAAUAUUUAUUCAAAUCUCAAACUCCAACCUUCAUCUUCUGUGGGGAUACCUCUGCGAAACCUUUUCCAAAAUUGCACUUUCUAAUCUGAUUAAUCUCGCAGAGUUGAUCAUAAAUCAUACAUUAACUGUAACUACCAAUGCCAUUGUCGUGUCCCACCUCCAAGGUGUAUCAUGUAUUUUCUGCUGUAAAUAAUAGGUUAUUUAGGUACUGUAUUUCCUCAAAUAAUAGUGGCUACUAUUAAUUUGAAAAAAAAAAUGCUUGGACCAGGCUACAAAUUUUACUUACAGGCUACUGGUUCACCAGGAAAGCUACAAAUAGGGGCAGGCUACAAUUUGAAGGUUUUAAAUACAACCCCCCCCAGCAAUAUUUGCUGUUCUAUGUGCCAUAGAUAAAGAAACGUCGGCUGUGAUACAGACUACUGAGAGGCUGGCUUUUAUUUAUUGAACUUGUUUUGAGCAGCUUACUAAAAGAGUAAGACUACUGUUAGAGGACCAGCUAUGAAUUGAGGAAAUACGGGUAUAUUGCAAUGCAUGUGUGCAUGUCAUCAUAUGCUAACCUGAUCUAACCUAGGCGUCGCAUUAAACCAAAUGGCCCCUAUGAGGCUUAUGGAACUACAGCCAAGUAACUUCACCGCAACUCUGAAUAUGAUAUGAGUAUAAACUAAUGCUGUGUCCCUUUUAUAUGUAGCAACAUUUGCUAUCCUGCCUCACAUGUGUGAGAUUUAUAAAGAGAAAAAAAAUGUUUUUAAGAUAAAGUAUUUCAAGAUGCUGCUUUGUAAUUUCAGAUUAAUAGAGCUCUAUUGUGAAAAGAUAUAACAUGAAAGUAAAAUAUAGUAAUGGAAGUAUUGUGAUAUCUGAAAGGUAGGCUUCCUAUUGAGGAUAGGAUGAUUAAAAUGGUAUUUGUGACCAAUAUGUGAAAUAUUAUAUUUUGGCACUAAUUGUGAAAGUCUUGUACACCAUAGCGGUAUAAUUAAGCAAAUGUGAACUACUUAACAGUGUAGAAUCCAAUAAUUCCCCCCAUUGUUCUUUGCUCCCUUUUUCCUCCUCCAUUGUCAACUCAUUUUCAGAUAUGCACUAACUUAACACACACACAGUUUUAUGUGUCAAAUGAUGAGUAAAAAAUGUCAAAAUUCCCACCUGGGACAUCAAUUAUUUGCAAUAUAACCUUCACGUCAUUGUCAUUUAACAGUGCAGUACAGAAUAAAAUGUACAUGUCCUUGUCCUGAACUAGUGAA